CAUUGGGCAGGACAGACGUGGUCCAGAGAUGUCCUCUGAAAACCGGCUUCUUCUUUGGCUAUCAUGGAUGGGGGCUCUGAUCGCCAUGAGCCAUCAAGCACCAGGGUUGCUGAUGGUUUCCCCCAGCGUGGUGACGGUGGGAGCAGACGUGCGGGUUGUGCUUCAGGCUCCGUCGGCGCUCUCAGGCGUUGUCUAUUUCCAGAAUCAGCUAAACGGGAUGCAGUGUUCUUCUGAAGUACCCUUCAAGCUUCAGUCUGCUCAGUCCAAGGAUUUUGUGCAAGACGUGACCUUGAAGCUGACCCCGGAGUUCUUGGUGAACUGUGGUUUGCUCCGCCAGCGGCGAGACCGCUACGUCCAACUUGUGGCCCGCAGUACUCAGCUUAGUACUCCCAGGGGCAUUCAAACCCUCAACCUGCGUUGGAGUGCCCGAGAGGGAUACCUCUUACUGCAGACUGACAAGCCCAUAUAUACCCCUCGGCAAAAGGUGAAUUUCCGAGUCUUUCCUCUGGAUCACAAGUUACGGCCAAGCAACAAUCCCGUCGUCAUCACUGUGAAGAAUCCACGGGGACUUCAGGUCAGGAAAGUUGAACGCAUCGCCAUGAACUAUGUCAUAAGAGACCACCUGUCAAUUCCUGAUGUUGCUGAGCCUGGCAUCUGGACCAUCACAGCCCAGUUUAUCCAUGCAAUGGGUUUCAACACAACCACAGAGUUUGAGGUGAAAAAAUAUGUGCUGCCUCAUUUCGAGGUGAAGAUUGUCCCAGAACAGAAAUACAUCCUGGUCGCUGGACAGCAAACAUCUGACUUGCGAAUUAACAUUCAGGCUAAUUUUUUCUAUGGGAAAGGGGUCACCGGCAUAGCGCAUGUGCGAUUUGGGGUGAUUGGUGAGAACAAGGAAAAGGUGUAUGUCUCAGGACUGGAACAUCAAAUCACGAUUGCGGAGGGUGAGGCUUCGUUAAUCUUGAAGCGCAGCCUUCUCAUUGAGAAAGUGGGGCACCCCCUGCAAGACCUUGUGGGAACAUCCCUUUACAUCGCAGCCUCAGUCAUAGAGACAGCAAGUGGUGAGCUGGAGGAGCAGGAGCUCACGGUGAAAUUUGUAUCAUCUCCGUAUUCAGUGGACCUGGGCAAAGCCAAGCGUUAUUUUGUGCCCAACGCUCCCUUUGAAGUGCUGGCUCGUGUUACGCUGCUGGAUGGCUCACCUGCCCCCAACCUCCCAGUCCGCUUCAAAACCCGUGUAACUGGGGCCCAGUCUCCCGCGGAUGGCCAGAUGGAGACCGAUGAGCAGGGAGUUGUGAACUACAGAAUCAAUGUUCCUCAAGGGGCUACCUCACUCACUGUCAUGCUAACAGCAGGGACAGAGAGUCCAGCAGAAGCAACCCUGACCACCAAAGCUACCAGGUCCCCUAAAGGAAACUAUCUGAUCAUUGAAAGUCCCAAAAGUUAUGGCCUGAAUCUUGGAGAGACCCUCACAAUCGGAUUGAAAUACAUUGGGUCAAGUGCCUUCACCAACUUCUAUUACAUGGUUUUGAGCAAAGGGGACAUCGUCUCUGCAAACAGCGCUCCCCGUGGCUCUUUUACAGUAGCCUCUGUUCGCAUUACACCUGAUCUGAUGCCAACGUUUCGUUUUGUGGCCUUUUACCGCCUUGGGGAUGAAAUUGUGUCCAACUCCAUCUGGGUGGACGUUGUCGACAAAUGCGAGGGGAAGCUGGAGAUUCGCUCAUCAUCAAACUUAAACAGUCUGCGGCCCCAGUCUCUCAUGUCACUCACCGUAAACACGGAUACCAAAUCCCUCAUCUCUCUCUCUGCCACCGACGCUGCUGUUUACGCCCUCAACCGGAAGAAUCGACUCACGCAGAGCAAGGUUUUCGAGGCCAUGGAAAGUUAUGAUCUUGGCUGUACUGCUGGCAGUGGGGAAGAUUCCCUCAGCGUCUUUGCUGAUGCUGGUCUCUCAAUUCGUGUUGGUGAACAGCAAAGCCCUCUUCGGAAUGCACACGGAUGCAGAGAAAAUGCUUCCCGGAAGAAGCGUUCCUUGCCAUUCCAACUUGAAAUUGAGAAGAAGGUUGCCAAAUAUCGUAAAUCGGAUUACCUUAAAUGCUGCAAGGGCGGCAUUGUGCUGCUUCGCACUCCACGGACAUGCGAUGAACGUGCCAGAAGGAUUGAAAACACGGAGUGCCGUCAAGCCUUCCUUGACUGCUGCCGCCAUGCUGCCAAAUUACGUCGCCUGUCCUGGGGUUCCCACGGACUGGCAAGGGUCCAAGAUGAAGAAGAAGAUGAUUUUUUUGAUGAUGAAUUUAUCCAACUGCGAAGCGUUUUCCCUGAGAGCUGGCUCUGGAAAACAUUCUCUGUGGAUCGAAGCCACACGGAGAAUAUUAUCCUCCCUGAUUCCAUCACCACGUGGGAGAUACAAGCGGUUAGCAUGUCUCCUCAGAAAGGGAUCUGUGUUUCAGAGCCUUUCCGAGUCACCGUCUUCCAAGACUUCCACAUCUCUCUCCGGCUGCCCUACUCAGUGAAACAGUUUGAACAGAUAGAGCUUCGUCCAGUUUUAUAUAACUACCAACCUAACCCAAUCACCGUCUUAGUAUACCUGGAGCCGGCUGAAGGCAUCUGUUCCCCAGCGACUCUUGGCCCAGCGCGGAAGCAGCGGAUAGAGGUGCCAGGGAACUCCGCAAUUCCUGUGCCCUUUGUUUUGGUGCCCAUGGGGGCCAGCGACAUCCCCAUCACCGUUGUUGCUGCUGGCGAAUGGGGGAUAGGGGACAAGGUUUCCAAAAAAUUACGGGUGGAGAAAGAGGGCGCCAUCAAGUUAGAAGAAUAUACCAUCCCUCUUGAUAGUAAAGAUGGACUCCCCAGAUUUGUGAAGAUUUCAGGUGAGAUGCCGUCCAACGCCAUUCCUGAUGGAGACUUCAAAAUGAGUGUCCGUCUGACAGGAUCAGUUCCUGCUGACACCCUUCAGAGUUCUCUGGAACCAGAUGGCCUCUCCUCCCUGCUGCGGGUUCCACGCGGAUGUGCAGAACAAACCAUGGUCUUGAUGGCCCCUGGAGUCUAUGCCAUGCAGUAUUUGGACCAGACGGAGCAGUGGCUCAAUCUGAAACCAGACAGCAAAGAAGUGGCCCUAGAAAACCUCCGCACAGGCUAUGCUAGAAUCCUCACCUACCGGAAAAAUGAUGGAUCUUAUGGCGCUUGGAUCACCACACCCAGCAGUACCUG